GGCGAGAAACGCAGUCGCACAAACACCAGGUCGCAGUUCUGUCGAGCUCCAAGCUGCUGGCUCGUCACACCGAACUGAGAUUCUUUACUACAAUUUACUAACUGAAGCUACGGAAUGAAUUGUCAUCCAUUAGUUGCUGCUCUGUGCAUCGCUGUUAUUUCAACACUCAUUACUAUUACGGUUGCUGAUGACGCCCAAUUCGCAGCAUGCUCCGAAAUGUACAACAGUAACUUAACUGCCGAUCAGUUCAGAGCCAAUCACACACCGAUAAUCUUAAGCUUGGAUCCAAACAAUAACCAAUCAAACUGCGCUCUCAUCUGUUACGGCGCCGCUCUAGGUGUGAUCAAUAAUAACGGGAAAAUGGACUUGGAUGCGUUGGAUGAUUUUAACCAUCGUUAUAUUUCGCAACCAUUGUGCGUGCCUUACAAGCAGGAUGUAGAAUGUGCAGAUCGAGCAAACCAUCUGGAUACUUCCAACUGCGAUUUGAUGAAAAACUACAUCAAUUGUUUCCAGAAUUAUAGUUCGUGCUAGAAAUUAUGAUCUUCUACAAGAUUGACGACUAUAGCUUGCAGCAUAUGCUAUUUCUGAGUAAAAAAAUUCAGGUUAUGGGAUGUAAUCAUUAAUCAUAGCUAAAAUUUAUAAGGCUUUAAUUUAGAUUGUAUUUGUAUUUUAUGCACUACAAAUAAAUGCACAUUCAAGCAUAA